AGUGCGAAAAAUAUGGUAAAUAUUAAGAAUUAUAAGCCCUAAUGAUAAACAGAAGGAUGAAGAUUAAAUUCUGUGGAUAUACAAUAGUGAUUUAAGAGUUAUGUUGAUGUGUAAUAUUAUCAUCAAUAUGCUUGAAAUGCUUCUGUAAUUUUGUAGUCCAGGGGCAAACUUAAAUAAAUCAUUCUGCACAGUUUCAUUGUGAUUCAUUUUAAUCAGGAACAAUCAACUAUCUGACAAUUUUAAGUAAAUAAAUUUCAAUAUUAAAUUAGAUUUCAAUAUUUAAACUUUUCAUACACGGGAUGAGAAAUGUGUUUUCAGGUGUAAGAUAUGCAAAUUUAGUGGUAAUAACUAUGUGCCUAUCUUUAGCAUAUUUAUUUUCAUGGUCUUGAUACACAUUUGAUUUAUUUAUUUUUUUAAAAAACCAUUAACGUCCUCUACACUGCAAGCAAACUUGCGCCUGGAAAGAUUUAUCAUCAGCUUAUCUUGUCUGAAUACUUAAUACUGACGUCAUCAUGUUAGUUAAGACUUUGCAUCAGGCUGCAAAUGAAAUUCAGACUUGGUUGGACUCGGCUUCAGUUAAUUGAAGUUGAAUGGCUGAUAAGUGAUAUUUUGGGCUAUUUUGGAUGGAUUGGCAUUCAAGAAACAUCUUGUCUUAGCUAAUGAGAAUUGUUUUCUGGAGAUGAUACUCCUGUGCAGGAAGACACAAGACUAAAGAAUUCCUGGUUCUUGCAACUAAAGGAAGAUAUCACAUGUGAUAUCCAUAGGACUGCGCCUGAGAUGGGCUUGCAUAUAUCCGAACCUUUUGAAAGGAUGCAGUUGUGCUGUGAAUCCAUCAAUGGCUCCUGCAUAAAGAACAGCUGGUCAAUGAGCAUCCGAUUUUCCAUGUACCUCUUCAUGCUGUGUUUGAUCCUGGCUACUGUGGCUGGCAAUCUGGCUGUUAUCAUCUCCGUAUCACAUUUCAAGCAGCUCCGCACGCCUACAAAUUUCCUUAUACUCUCAAUGGCCACGGUGGAUUUCCUUCUCGGCUUCUGUGUCAUGCCUUACAGCAUGAUAAGAUCUGUUGAGAACUGCUGGUAUUUUGGAGAGUUCUUCUGCAAAAUCCACACCAGUAUGGAUAUCAUGCUGAGCACUGCUUCCAUUUUCCAUCUUUCCUUUAUCUCAAUUGACCGUUACUAUGCAGUCUGUGACCCGCUGCGAUAUAAAACUAAGAUAAACACUUCUGUCAUAUUAAUCAUGAUUUUUAUCAGUUGGAUAUUUCCUGCCUUGUUUGCUUUUGGACUGGUCUUUUUGCAACUCAACGUAUUGGGAGCAGAAGAAACAUUCCACGAAUUUAUUUAUUGUGUGGGAGGAUGCUUUGUCUUUUUCAAUGAAACUUCGGGUGUGGUGGCCUCCAUGUUUUCCUUCUACAUCCCUGGGUUUGUCAUGCUAGUUGUCUAUGGGAAGAUAUACAUAAUAGCCCAAAGGCAAGCCAGAUCCAUUACAGCUGCUAUGAGCCAAAUACAGAUUAGGUUUGAACUACAGCAUCAUAUCUCCCACAACAGAGAACGAAAAGCUGCAAAAACAUUAGGUAUAGUGGUUGGGGUUUUCCUCAUAUGCUGGUCCCCGUUCUUCUUCUGCACCAUCUUGAGCCCAUUUAUGAAUUAUACAAUCCCACCCAUCCUUAUUGAUGCAAUGGUUUGGUUUGGUUAUUUGAAUUCAACACUUAACCCAAUUGUUUAUGCAUACUUUUAUUUAUGGUUUCGAAGGGCCUUGAAGCUGAUUUUAUUGGGGAGGGUUUUUCAGCAGGACUCAUCCAGAACUCAAUUAUUUUUGGACUAAACCAUACUGAAAGGGAGACACAGUUCCUCACUAUUUCGUUCACCUCAGAGGUGAGAGUGAAGGAGCAGUUUAGCAUAACUUUGUAUUGUUACUUGUAAAUUUAACAGAAAUGGGACAUUAAAAAUGAGAAUAACCAAAUAAUAUGUGCAGCUAAUUUCUUUCCAGCAGCAACAUGGACUUUGAGAUGGACCUAUGAAGGGAAGGCCUCCAUACUGCAAGGAGACCAGGCUGGGAUAAAAAAGAUAACACAAAUUUGUGCCAUAUUGGACUUUAGUGGCUGAUUUAUCUUUGCUGUUUCAAUACCUUUAAGCUGAGUGCUCCAGAGAUAUUUGUUUACAUACUUUUUAAAAUAAUCCAAAUAUUUUCCCAAGAUAUCUUUGGUCCAUAAUACCACCUCCUUUAGGCAAACAGAACACUUGAUGUCACGCAUUCUGUCAUUUCUUUCAAAACAAUCAAGAUUUUCAAAGUUUUCCUCAGUUGAGUAAGCUUCACCCUCCCCCCUCCUUUCUCUACUGGAGAUUUCAUCACAAACAUACUUCUCUGGUAUGGCCAUAUGCUAAAUAAAUAAAUACAUUCUUUGGCCUGCUCUAGUUUACUUAGUUGGUGGGAAGGCAGCACACUUAGGAAGAAAUGAUAUGAACAAUGAGGAGAGGGGCACAACAGAUACUAUAAAGUAGUGUACAUGUAGUAAGUGACUUGGAUGGACAAAGAAAGUCGUAAGUGUUCAGCUGAGUAGUGCUGAUAAUGUUCACUUUCCAUUUCUUAAAAGAACAAAAUUGAGACUCGGGAAAGUCGUGCAUAGACAAAUACACUUCAUGCUAUA